AUGCAUACGAACGAUUGUCCUGCUCCAGCCCAUCAUCUCCAUCCUUCAACUUUCUUGAUUCGAGAGGAUGUGAUUGACCAACCUUCAAACAAAGAAGUAUCAUUCAAGGCCAUCAGAAAAUCAAAGUUAAUUUCCAGCUCUUCCACUCCCAGCUCUAUUGUCUUCCAUUCACAACUCUUGCUCAUUCAAGUACAACUACCACCUGCGAACAAUUGUACUGCUUCAGCCCAUCAUGUCGCUCCUGCAGCUGUCUUGAAGUGA